AUGUUUUAUAUCCACAACAUAGAAAACCGUAAUUUGGCCUGGACAGUUUGUUCCACCUGCAAUAGCCAUCUUAAACAAAGCCUGCCGAGAAAAUUCUUUAAAUCACAUUUCAUUCAUUUACCACUUCGGCAACUACACUUUUCUGCUCGAACUGAAGCUCAUUCAUCGGGGAAAAGAAAAAAUGCAUCAACUUUGAACAGUAAAACGGAUCAAACCAAGUCAAAAAAGAGGAGCCAUAUUGCUCCUGUCGAAUCCAACUCUUUGCCCAGCCUAUCUACUACUUUGGAAGUUGAUCAAGUACAAAAGGAAAUAACCCAUUUUCCCAUCAGUGACUAUUUGAAGAUCAGGCUGAAGCUAUUAAAUGACACUUGCAAGAUAUCUGAGAUCAAACAGACGAUUGGUAGAACAUCUAAACGAGUCAUGAAUCAUGCGUUGAAAAAGGACUACCACAUCAACAAGCAUACUUUUAUGUUUACCAUUCAAGAGGAAAUUGAAAUUAUCGAGUACAUGCUACGUAGUGGAGUUAUUCGCAUAUCAAAAAGCCUGAUCAAGAGUCUCAGAUAUCCGCCGCAUCGUAUACACUAUUUUUGGGAUAAUUUUAUCAUACCAGCUCUCUAUACUGACCAGGCUAAUUGUAAAAAGGCAAAUAUGCCUGCUACUGCAAUAACGUUGCGUGCCUUAUUACAGCGUCGGUUGUCUGCACUGUGUGCGAUCGAUAAAUUCAUGAAAGCGAAUCCAUCUCAAAAAGUGUUUGACACUUUGAAGCUCCCUCAAAAUAUAGCGCAGUAUCCCAUCAUUCGUGUUGGCAGACUGGGGAGUCAUUUAUAUACUGCGCAUUUCAGAAUGCCUUGGACACUUGAGCAAGAUACAAUUCUUUUGAAAUGCGUUGCAGAUUUUGGGCCCUGCUAUCGAUUUUUCUUGGCCGAUCUUCCUGGCCAAUCAAGACUACGCAUCAGAAAAAGACACAUGUAUCUCGUAGCAAGAUCCAAAAAUGCAAAACUAAAGAAAUGGACAGAAAAAGACCAUGAGCGUCUUAUCAGCCUCGUUCAUGAUACUCCUGAAACAAACUACUCAUGGAAAUCUAUGUGUCACAAUUUUCCUGGAAUGUCUUCAGAAGUGAUUCGUAAAAAAGCUCUCAAGCUGGUUUUCCCCAUAAAAACACUAAAACCAGACGACAUAAAAGUAAUUUCUGAUGGGGUUGCAAAUCAUGGACGAGCCUAUUUCAAUUUCAACCUUUAUCUGGACCUUCCUGGGGUUCGAAUGAAGAAGGCUUUACUGGUAUGGACUUUAAAAGAGCCGCACAAUCAUCCAAAUGCCCUAUGGUCUUCAGAAGAUGAUAAAGUCUUAAUGAGUGUAUUUACCAAGUACAGCAGUCUAGACGAUUUUAAACCAGUAAGCUUGAUUAGCCUGCGCAGAGAAUACUUUCCUUUUCGAUAUACCUUUGAACUUGCUGCUAGACUAUACAGAUUGAUAAACCGCAACUCGGAAAUACCAGAUCUAAAGUUGUUGGCAUCUCAUAGAGACUGGAGUGCACAGUAUCUUCUAAACAGCAAUGAGCUAAUGAACUCGAAAAAUUUACCUUGGAUCAACGAGGCGUUGAUUCAUUCCAUGGGAAUGGAUCAAGAGACAGCCGAGCUUAGAGACACUAUAGUUCCCAAAGGACACACUUUGCUUGCAAAGAUCAAUGCUAAUAUGUAUAGAAAUGGCAUAAUGUCCAAGAUCCGGUCUGUUCCUAUGGCCAAGGAAAUCAUGUUGAAAUCCAAAGAUAAAGCGUGGACCAAAGAGGACGAUUGCUUAAUGAUGGACCAUGUGCCAAAAAUGAUAUCAAAACAUGGAUAUGUUGACUGGGCCGUUGUGUCUAAACUGUUUCCCGCAAGCAGUUUGAGCAGUUGUCGCCAGAGAUGGCAUUAUCUUGAAGCAAAAAAUAAAGCCAAAUAGUCUUGUAGAUUGA